UUGGACGCCGUAGAGAGCUGGCUUCUGAUUGGUCAACGCGCACACCAUGCCGAAUACAGUCGUUUGGAAGACGUGCAACGAAUUCCAGUCAAGAUGAGUCUGAGAAAGCAAACCCCAAGUGACUUCCUGAAACAGAUCAUUGGGAGACCUGUGGUCGUCAAACUGAACUCUGGUGUGGAUUACAGAGGUGUCCUGGCCUGUCUGGAUGGUUACAUGAACAUCGCCAUAGAGCAGACUGAAGAGUAUGUCAAUGGACAGCUGAAGAACAAGUACGGAGAUGCAUUUCUGAGAGGAAACAAUGUCCUCUACAUCAGCACCCAGAAGAGGAAAGUGUAAUGAACAUGGAUGGGUUUUAUUUUAUGUUUCAGUGUUGAUGUGUCGGUGGACAACUUCCGUUUUUUUUUUUUAGUUCUGUAAAUCCUCAAUUCCAGAGUGUUUGUUUUUGUAAAAGUGGAAUGUGUGAAUAAAUCCUGAGUUCUGA